GAGGGCUGCCGCCUCCCCUCGCAGGAAAUGGCCUUGAGGUCCCUCGAGCCGGGGCCAUCAAGAGGGUAGGGAGAGGCGAAAAAGAAAACGCAGUUCCUUCAGGCUGGGGCCGCGUCUGAGGGCGGAGGCCGAGAGACCGCCCGUGACGCCUUCUCUUCCAGAAAGAGGCCAGGGCUAUGUGAACAGGGGCUGAAGUUCAGCCGCUUUUCUAACGGGAAGGGAGAGCCGUAUUGGGGGGGUGGUAGGGUCAAGAAGGAGUUUUCGGCUCGACUCUUUCCCUGGUGGGCAGCGGGUCCGAAGAGCCCCAGAAGGCAUGGAGUAUUCUGAGGCCUGGCCCUCUCCCUGCCGGCAGGGGGAGUCCCGAGAUGGACGGUCCAGAAUCCCUCCCACGAAAGGCGUUUGCAGGGCCGCUGAACCACUUUUGUACAUCCCGGGGCUGAGUAAGAGCUGAGGUAAUUAGACGCGAACGACAGCUGCCUCGGCACCUUGGGCGCCUGGCGCGGGGCUGGGAGCCCGACGGUCCGAAUUCUCGCGAGAGCGGCCGCCGCCAUUUUUCCAUUGAUUGCAGCGGGCUGGGGGAGGGGCCGACGACGAAGGCGACGGCGGCGGCGGCGGCUGCGGCGGCAGCGGCGGAGCAGCCGUGGGUCGGUGUCUGCGCGCUGGUGUCUGAGGCCCAGGCUGAGGCCUCCGCGGUUGCCGGAACGCAGACGGUGGAGAGGAUGACUGCCACUGCCAUUCUCUCCUGAGUUAGAAAGCCGCCACCACCCUGCCCCCUCCCCCGGCCGGGCAGAGAGGAGCGGCCGGAGUCUGAGCCAUGGUGCCCGGCGAGGAGAACCAACUGGUCCCGAAAGAGAUAGAAAAUGCUGCUGAAGAACCUAGAGUUUUAUGUAUAAUACAAGAUACUACUAAUUCAAAGACAGUGAAUGAACGGAUCACUUUAAAUUUGCCAGCUUCUACUCCACUCAGGAAGCUCUUUGAAGAUGUGGCCAACAAAGUAGGCUACAUAAAUGGAACCUUUGAUUUAGUGUGGGGAAAUGGAAUCAAUACUGCUGAUAUGGCUCCACUGGACCAUACCAGUGACAAGUCUCUUCUUGAUGCUAAUUUUGAGCCAGGAAAGAAGAACUUUCUGCAUUUGACAGAUAAAGAUGGUGAACAGCCUCAAAUACUGCUGGAGGAUUCCAGUGCCGGGGAUGAUAGUGUCCAUGACCGAUUUAUAGGUCCACUUCCAAGAGAAGGUUCUGUGGGCUCUACCAGUGAUUAUGUCAGCCAAAACUACUCCUAUUCAUCUAUCUUGAAUAAAUCAGAAACUGGAUAUGUGGGAUUAGUAAACCAAGCAAUGACUUGCUACUUGAACAGCCUUUUGCAGACACUUUUUAUGACUCCUGAAUUUAGGAAUGCAUUAUAUAAAUGGGAAUUUGAAGAAUCUGAAGAAGAUCCAGUGACAAGUAUCCCAUAUCAACUUCAGAGGCUUUUUGUUUUGUUACAAACCAGCAAAAAGAGAGCAAUUGAAACCACAGACGUUACAAGGAGCUUUGGAUGGGAUAGUAGUGAGGCUUGGCAGCAGCAUGAUGUACAAGAACUGUGCAGAGUCAUGUUUGAUGCUUUGGAACAGAAAUGGAAACAAACAGAGCAGGCUGAUCUUAUAAAUGAACUAUAUCAAGGCAAGCUGAAGGACUACGUGAGAUGUCUGGAAUGUGGUUAUGAGGGCUGGAGAAUCGACACAUAUCUUGAUAUUCCAUUGGUCAUCCGGCCUUAUGGGUCCAGUCAAGCAUUUGCUAGUGUGGAAGAAGCAUUGCAUGCAUUUAUUCAGCCAGAGAUCCUGGAUGGCCCAAAUCAAUAUUUUUGUGAACGUUGUAAGAAGAAGUGUGAUGCACGAAAGGGUCUUCGGUUUUUGCAUUUCCCUUACCUGCUGACCUUACAGUUGAAAAGGUUUGAUUUUGAUUAUACAACCAUGCACAGGAUUAAGUUGAAUGAUCGGAUGACGUUUCCUGAGGAGCUAGAUAUGAGUACAUUUAUUGAUGUUGAAGAUGAGAAAUCCCCUCAGACCGAAAGUUGCACUGACAGUGGGGCAGAGAAUGAAGGCAGUUGUCACAGCGAUCAGAUGAGCAAUGAUUUUUCGAAUGAUGAUGGUGUUGAUGAAGGGAUCUGCCUUGAAAGUAAUAGUGGAACUGAAAAAAUUUCAAAACCUGGACUUGAAAAGAAUUCCUUGAUCUAUGAGCUCUUCUCCGUUAUGGUUCAUUCAGGGAGUGCUGCUGGUGGUCAUUAUUAUGCUUGUAUAAAGUCAUUCAGUGAUGAACAGUGGUACAGCUUCAAUGAUCAACAUGUCAGCAGGAUAACACAAGAGGACAUUAAGAAAACACAUGGUGGAUCUUCAGGAAGCCGAGGAUAUUACUCAAGUGCUUUUGCAAGCUCCACAAAUGCUUAUAUGCUGAUAUAUAGACUGAAGGAUCCAGCACGAAACGCAAAGUUUCUAGAAGUAGAUGAAUAUCCAGAACAUAUCAAAAACUUGGUGCAGAGGGAGAGAGAAUUGGAAGAACAAGAAAAAAGGCAACGAGAAAUUGAGCGCAAUACAUGCAAGAUAAAAUUAUUCUGUUUGCAUCCUGUGAAACAAGUCAUGAUGGAAAAUAAAUUGGAGGUUCAUAAGGAUAAGACAUUAAAGGAAGCAGUAGAAAUGGCUUAUAAGAUGAUGGAUUUAGAAGAGGUCAUACCCAUGGAUUGCUGUCGCCUUGUUAAAUAUGAUGAGUUUCAUGAUUACCUUGAACGAUCGUAUGAAGGAGAGGAAGAUACCCCAAUGGGACUUCUACUAGGAGGAGUCAAGUCAACAUACAUGUUUGAUCUACUGUUGGAGACGAGAAAACCUGACCAAGUUUUCCAAUCUUACAAACCUGGAGAAGUGAUGGUGAAAGUUCAUGUUGUUGAUCUUAAGGCAGAAUCUGUAGCUGCUCCUGUCACUGUUCGUGCUUACUUAAAUCAAACGGUCACAGAGUUCAAACAGCUUAUUUCAAAGGCCAUCCAUUUACCUGCUGAAACCAUGCGGAUAGUGCUAGAGCGCUGCCACAAUGAUCUGCGCCUCCUCACUGUGCCCAGUAAGACCCUGAAAGCUGAAGGGUUUUUCAGAAGUAACAAGGUAUUUGUUGAAAGUUCUGAGACUUUGGAUUACCAGAUGGCCUUUACAGACUCUCAUUUGUGGAAACUCCUGGAUCGUCAUGCAAAUACGAUCAGAUUAUUUGUUUUGUUACCUGAACAGUCCCCAGGCUCUUAUUCCAAAAGGACAGCGUGCCAGAAAGCUGGGGGUGAUUCUGGUGGUAACGUGGAUGAUGACUGUGAUAGAGUCAAAGGACCUGUGGGGAGCCUCAAGUCUGUGGAAGCUAUUCUCGAAGAAAGCACUGAAAAACUCAAAAGCUUGUCACUACAGCAGCAGCAAGAUGGAGAUAAUGGAGACAGCAGCAAAAGUACUGAGACAAGUGACUUUGAAAAUAUAGAAUCACCUCUCAAUGAGAGGGACUCUUCAGCAUCAGUGGACAAUAGAGAACUUGAACAGCACAUUCAGACUUCUGAUCCCGAAAAUUUUCAAUCUGAAGAACGAUCAGACUCAGAUGUGAAUAAUGACAGGAGUACAAGUUCAGUGGACAGUGACAUUCUUAGCUCCAGUCACAGCAGUGACACUUUGUGCAAUGCUGAUAAUGCUCAGAUUCCUUUGGCUAAUGGACUUGACUCUCAUAGCAUCACGAGUAGUAGAAGAACUAAAGCAAAUGAAGGGAAAAAAGAGACAUGGGACACAGCAGAAGAAGACUCUGGAACGGAUAGUGAAUACGAUGAGAGUGGCAAGAGCAGGGGAGAAAUACAGUACAUGUAUUUCAAAGCAGAACCCUAUGCUGCAGACGAAGGUUCUGGGGAAGGACAUAAAUGGCUGAUGGUGCAUGUUGAUAAAAGAAUUACACUGGCUGCUUUCAAACAACACUUAGAGCCCUUUGUUGGAGCUUUGUCCUCUCACUUCAAGGUCUUCCGGGUGUAUGCCAGCAACCAGGAGUUUGAGAGCGUCCGGCUGAACGAGACACUUUCAUCCUUUUCAGACGACAAUAAGAUUACAAUUAGACUGGGGAGAGCACUUAAAAAAGGAGAAUACAGAGUUAAAGUGUACCAGCUGCUGGUCAAUGAGCAAGAGCCAUGCAAGUUUCUGCUAGAUGCUGUGUUUGCUAAAGGAAUGACAGUACGGCAAUCAAAAGAGGAAUUAAUUCCUCAACUCAGGGAGCAGUGUGGUUUAGAGCUCAGUACUGACAGAUUUCGUCUAAGGAAAAAAACAUGGAAGAACCCUGGCACUGUCUUUCUGGAUUAUCAUAUUUAUGAAGAAGACAUUAAUAUCUCCAGUAACUGGGAGGUUUUCCUUGAAGUUCUUGAUGGGGUGGAGAAGAUGAAAUCCAUGUCCCAGCUUGCAGUUUUGUCAAGACGGUGGAGGCCUUCGGAAAUGAAGCUGGAUCCCUUCCAGGAGGUUGUGUUGGAAAGCAGUAGUGUUGAUGAGCUGCGAGAGAAGCUUUGUGAAAUCAGUGGAAUUCCUUUGGAAGAUAUUGAAUUUGCUAAGGGUAGAGGAACUUUUCCCUGCGAUAUUUCUGUCCUUGAUAUUCAUCAGGAUUUGGACUGGAAUCCUAAAGUUUCUACCCUAAAUGUCUGGCCUCUUUAUAUUUGUGAUGAUGGUGCCGUCAUAUUUUAUAGGGAUAAAACAGAAGAAUUAAUGGAGUUAACAGACGAGCAAAGAAAUGAACUGAUGAAAAAAGAAAGCAGUCGACUGCAGAAGACGGGACAUCGUGUAACGUACUCACCUCGGAAAGAGAAAGCACUAAAAAUAUAUCUGGAUGGAGCACCAAAUAAAGAUCUGACUCAAGACUGACUCUGCUAGUGUAGCAUUUUCCCUGGGGGAUUUUUGGUUUUAAUUAGAUGGUUCACUGCUACUGUGUAGUGCCGUUAUGGCCGGACAUGGUUAGGGGUAACCCAGUGACACCAGCACUGAUUGGACUGCCCUUCACCAAUCAGAAGCUCAGUGCCCAAUGGGCCACUGUUUUGACUUGGAAUCAUGUUGUGCACUAUAGUCAAAUGUACUGUAAAGUGAAAAGGGAUGUGCAAAAAAAUAAAAACAAAAAACAAAAAGCGAAACCUGCUACUAGGAAAGGGGAAGGGGAAUGAGUACACUUCUUUUAUUGCGGACAAAUGUGCACAUAGCCGCUAGUAAAACUAGCCUCAAACAGGAUGCUCAUAGCUUCAUAAUAAAAGCUGUGCAAAGGCCAUGAAUGAAUGAAUUUUCUGUUUAUUUCACUGAUACACACAUUACCUCAUUGACAAUUUGGAAGUAAAUGCAACUGUGUGUUGACUCUUGGAAAGCAGCAAAAAUAGGAGCUGAAGAGAGAAAUUCUUAGAACCAGCCAUACCCCAGUAAAGAAUUGUGAAGUUGUGUUUUUAUUUUGUUUCAUUUUUUGCAAAGUAUUAAAACAUUAUUCUGGAACAUCAAAACAUUUCCCUUAGACCGCUCCCAGCAGGUAGCAGCUCAAAUUGCUGCAAUAUUGUAAUUAUAACUGAUUGUACUUAAGUUAUGGAUGUAGAGAAUAUGGUUCACUCGUUCAUUCAGCAUGUAAAUAAAAUUGAGCCUAUUGAGUUAUCAUAAUUGCAGUUCAACUAUUUCCCAUGGUUAUUCUUUUCACGUACCAUUCAUGAUGUACAUUUGUGUACAUUGAGGAGUAUAGCAGUCUAUGUACAUGUAAUCCUCAGUGAGGUUCCUCAGUGCUGGGUCCCAUACAAUUGUAUUUGCCCUUGUUAAUGAGGUUUUUCUGUUCAGCAGCUUCAGUUUUUUCCUUUGUACAUUUACUUUUGAAGAUUUACUUCAAGUUUGAAUCUUCUCGAACCCUUGUAAGUCCCACUUUAAUUUUUGGAGUUGAUUUGUAGUUACAUGUAGUUUAACUUUGCGAAAGCGUCUUAACAUCGUGUUGAAAAAAACUUGCUAGUGAGUCAGGUCAUAGCACAGGCUAAUGUAGUCAACAUGAUUUCAUUGCAAAGUCUAUUAGAAUGGGCAAGUUUUUGCUUUGCUAAAUAUGACUUCAAUGAACACAAUUCUACAUAAAUUUUGAAAAUGCCAUCUAAUUUAUAAAAAUCAAUUAAAAAGGUUUUGGUAAAACUUUUUCAUGCCAGAUGCUGUUUACAACGAUGAACAUGCCAAUAAAACAUUUGUUCAUUC